AUGGUUCGAGUUGAGAAAAUUAAAACGAAGAAAGGAAAACGAGUUCUCGAAGAUAGAGCUCCGAAAACGGUUGAGAAUGACAAGAAGACGCUAUUCUGUCGCGGUGCCAAAACGAAUGAGAUUAUCAACCACGCCAUGAUGGAUUUGUUCGAUAUCAAGAAGCCGUUGACCACGAAAAUGGACAAGUAAGUCCGAUCCGUCAUGUUGCACCCAGCAAACGCGACCUUCAGACAUAAUCCGUACCAUUUGUUCGAAGACGAAACUCCGGUCGUUCGCGCCGGUUCCAAGUUCGACACCUCGUUGUUUAUCCUUGGUUCCAACUCGAAAAAGAAGCCGAAUUGUCUCACUUUUGGCAGAACUUACGACGGACAACUUCUUGAUAUGGCCGAGCUCAGAAUCACCGCUUACAAGUCGGCGUCUAACUUUGAGGUAGAAGAUCUUUAUCAAGAAGACGUAUCGAAGUAAUCAUUGCUGUUUCAGACUGCCAAAAUGACUCUCGGAUCGAAGCCGUGCAUCGUUCUCGAAGGGGCUGCUUUUGAGUCGGAUUCGGACAUGAAACGCAUCGGAAACCUCAUGAUCGAUUGGUUCCGCGGUCCUAAGGUUGACAGUGUUCGUCUGGAAGGACUCGAGACCGUAAUCGUUGUCACUGCCAUCGACGAGAGCAAUCUGGCGCUCCGUGUCUACCGUCCGCUUCUGAAGAAGUCGGCCUCUGCGACACCGCGCGUCGAGCUGUCCGAGAUGGGACCAUCUCUCAACUUCGAAGUAAUGAGACGGAAACUGGCGGACGACGUUCUGUUCAAACUGGCAUGCAAGAAGCCGAAGGCGCUCAUGAAGAAGAGAAGAAAGAAUAUGAGCGAGGACGUCUUCGGAAAUCAGUUGGCGAGAGUGCACAUCGGAAAGCAACGCACCGACGACAUUCAGACGAGAAAGGUGAAGGCGUUGAAGAAGACGCCGCUUGUGGAGGCUGCUCCGGAGAACGACGCUGAGAUGGACGAGUGA